AUGCAGACCGGGUCCCGUCUUCGCCGUCUCUUUGCAGUCAUCCUGACGACCUGUGAACCGUCUCGACCUUUACACCUCUGGGACCAGUUCAAGGACCCGAUCUGCGACGACCUCCCAUUCCGAUUGCGCACACUCGGCAUCUCCCACACGUCUGCUGAUGUCCACGAUUAUGGUCUG